GCCACCAGGUAACAAGGCAUCCCUAAGCGGGGAGUGUGCCCCGUUCUGGGGCAGGGGUCCCCACCCUUGAGUCUCCAGAUGUGGCUGGAUUACAGCUCCCAGAGUAGGGCAUUAUGGCUGGGAAUGAUGGGCACUGAAGUCCAACCAGGACUAGGGAACCCUGGUUCUGGAGAAAGGCACCCUAUAUGCUCCAGUGGGGCUGGAACCCUGCCUAGUCUCCAUGGAUUUAGGAAUCCCUGGAAGUUGCUUGCUCCAGCCUUUGGGGGAAGGGGGGAGGAAGUGCAGGCCCUUGCUUUGCUGCAGCUACACUACACCAGGUUUGGUGCCAGACCCAGACUGUUGGAAGGGGCGUUGUACAGCAACAAGAGAGGGAAACCCCUUUAGUUCUUUCCAACCUGUGCUUGAAUGCAAACUUGCAGCCUUUAAUUUUCUAUACAGAUAUCGUAAUGCAUCCUGAACCCUUUAUAUGGUGCAGAAGGGAUCUCUAGAUAACAAUAGAGGAGUUUCCCAUUCUCUUCCCAGUGCCUUUACUUUUAUCUUCAGCUUGUCUUGUCUGCCCCCCUCUCCACUUUAAGGGUUGCUGGUGAGGGAGGAGUCAUCCCUGCUUGUCUGAAGAUCAGAAUUCUCUCUCUCUGCAACAAGGAUUCUUGUUAGGAAGAGAACAAACCUCCGUUCGUAAAAAGGGAAUAGAUGUGUUCUUGGACUCUUCCCACUGCUGGGGCUUGCCCUGGCUUAUUCUCCUCAUCUUAGCUAAUGUCUAGUAGUAUGUUUGGAGAAAGGUGGCAGGUAUCGCAUCUGGCAGGGGUGUAACUACCAUUAGGCAAGGGGAGGCGGCUGCCUGGGGCCCCCCACGCCUCGAGGGCCCCCCCAGAGGCAAGUCACAUGUGAAGUGGGUGUGUGUGUAUCAGCGAGGGGCCCAUUUUAAAAUUUUGUCUCUGGGCCCACUCCAGCCUCAUUACGCCCCUGGCAUCUGGUAUGCUUGGCAGCUGCCCUAAAAGACAGCUUGAUCUGCAGGUUGAUUUCUUCCCUUGGGUGCAUUGCUGGGACUGGGUGGAUAAGAAGGCUGCUAAGUUCUUGGUUCACCUGGUAGUCCUAUGGGAAGCAGAGUUGGUACCUGGUUUUGCUUGUUUUUGACAGAAAUGCAGAGCUUGUUGUGCUCUGCCCAAGGGGCAUUGGAGAGAGACUGCCAUUGCUUGACAUUUGUAGCUUCCCAAACACAAACCAGGGUGUUAAGUGUUCCUUUUCCUCUUGGGUGCCCUGGGAAAGGUGAGUCCCUCUGCCCUCAUGACAGUCUCUUCUCAGCUGCCUGGACUGGUCUCUGUCAGUCAUAUGAUCAGCAAGGACCAGCACAGGCUGAAGCGCUCCAUAAGUCCAUUGGAUCUAGACCUCCGGACUGGAGGUGUCAGGGUCUCUUGAGAGGGAAUAUUCCAUCUCCUUAUAAACCCUCUCUCUUUUUGACCCAUCCAGUGACUGAGUAGGUAGGAGUUCGGUUUAUCAAAGUAGCCCUUAGCAGUGUUCUGUCUAUUUUUUUCCAUCUGUGUGCAGAAUGAGUCCCCCCACCCCACCCCGGAUGGCAGUAUCAAAGCAGUGUGUACACACAUAUAUUCAGAGUGGGGCCUUCCUGAUUCAGCCUGAGCAGGAUCUAAAAUUAACUGAGUGGACAUCAAAAAACUUGGGAGCAUGCGCACAUGUGCACACCUUAGAGGGACUGCUGGCCCUUAGAUCUUUGUCCUUUUUAUAUCAGAUGUGUCAUAGAUGCUCAUGGAAAUGCACUGUGUAGGAGGAGGGAGAGGCCUUGCUUUUCUUCCCCCUUUCCAAAGCACAAGUUUGUUAGGAUCAGGCAAGACUCAAAAGUUGUUAUAACAGAGUAAAUGGACAGAGGAACUACUUGUCCUUUUGAAUGUCAACAAAUGGGCUGUGGUGGGAUUGCUUUAAUCUCAUUCAGACUAGGUUGUGAAUUGUGUGGAGUUGCAGGGUGCCUAGUAUGCCCUAGGAGGGUGGGUGGCAGUGCCUGGUUCCCUUAGUUGUCCUACUCCAUUAUGUGGGAAUGUCCUUUUGAUUUGAAUGGAGUUUUGUGUUUUCAAUGUGCUUAAGAGCAGAGGUGUGUGAUAGCUGUUGUGCAGAUCACUCCAAAGCAGUACAGCUGGUUUUUUGGUACUAAAAACUUUUAGUACUUUUUGGUUGUAGUUGUUAAUAAUGCUCCUGAAAACAGGCACAUCAAAUUCAGGAUAUCCUCAUGUAAGACACUUUGAUUAAAACUCCAUUUUGUCUGGCAUAGCCGUCUGUGCUUCAACAAAGCUGGGUCAGUUGUUCACAACUCCUGCUUUGCACUUUGCAUUAAAGCACAAAGAAUGAUUCUUAGGAACAUAGGAAGUUGCCUUAGCCAGGCCUUUGUUCCAUCUAGCUUAGUAUUGUCUACAGAGACUGGCAGCAGCUUCUCCGAAGUUGCAGGUCUCUCCCAGCCCUAUCUUGGAUAUACCAGGGAAGGAACUUGGAACCUUCUGCAUGCAAGCAUAAAGAUGUUCUUCCCAGAGUGGCCUCAUCCCCUAAGGGGAAUAUCUUAGUGCUCACAUGCAGCCUCCCAUUCAAAUGGAAACCAGGGCAGACUCUGCUUAGCAAAGGGGGCAAUUCAUGCUUGCCACCACAAGGCCAGCUCUUCUCCCAUUAGAAAUGCAGCUCUUUCCCCACCUCCCACAAUGCAUUAGCUGAGAGUGAAGUUGUGAGAGUCAGCAACCAGUUUUUAAAUGAGUUUUUUUGGUAACGCAGGAAAGUCGUUUAGACUGUGGAUGCAGCACAGUUCAGCUCCAGUGAUUCUGCAUGCAGUGGCUUCCACAAGAAGCAUAAUGUCUCAUUGAAUUCUGGAACAUAUAAACAUUUCUGUUUUGUUACAUUACAAAUGGGUCAUGUUUCUAAAGACUUCACUGCAUCGUGAGAGGAGCUCCUGUAUCUGCUGUCUCUUCCUUCUCAGAGCUGCUGCAGGCAUGACCUAUUUCCUACAAGGAAGUGGCUAUAUAGGAAGUCUUUGAAGUGGCCCUUGCAGUGCAAUCCUGUGCAUGUUUACUCGAAACAGAAGCUAUUAAUGGAGGAACACACGGUGACGCAGACGGAACACAUGGCCACCAUUGAGGCCCAUGCUGUGGCCCAGCAGGUGCAGCAGGUUCACGUGGCCACCUACACAGAGCACAACAUGCUCAGCGCAGACGAAGACUCGCCGUCGUCUCCUGAGGACACAUCCUAUGAUGACUCUGACAUUCUCAACUCCACAGCUACCGAUGAGGUGACUGCCCACCUGGCCGCUGCAGGCCCAGUAGGAAUGGCAGCUGCGGCUGCUGUGGCAACAGGUAAAAAACGGAAACGCCCGCACGUUUUUGAGUCUAACCCCUCAAUCCGCAAGAGGCAGCAGACACGUUUGUUACGGAAGCUCCGUGCCACUCUGGACGAAUACACCACCCGUGUGGGGCAGCAGGCCAUCGUCCUGUGCAUCUCGCCCUCCAAACCCAACCCUGUUUUUAAAGUGUUUGGAGCAGCACCGCUGGAGAAUGUGGUGCGCAAGUACAAGAGCAUGAUCCUGGAAGAUCUGGAGUCAGCACUCUUAGAGCAUGCACCUGCGCCACAAGAGGUUAACUCGGAGCUGCCACCUCUAACCAUCGAUGGGAUUCCAGUCUCUGUGGACAAGAUGACCCAGGCACAGUUGCGGGCGUUCAUCCCUGAAAUGCUGAAAUACUCAACAGGUCGUGGGAAGCCCGGCUGGGGGAAGGAGAGCUGCAAGCCUGUAUGGUGGCCUGAAGACAUUCCGUGGGCCAACGUUCGCAGCGACGUCCGGACAGAGGAGCAAAAACAGAGGGUGUCCUGGACUCAGGCGCUGCGGACCAUCGUGAAGAACUGCUACAAACAGCACGGCCGUGAGGAUUUGCUCUAUGCUUUUGAGGAUCAGCAAACACAGCCUGCAACGGCGACUCACAGUAUAGCACAUCUGGUGCCAUCCCAAACAGUGGUGCAGACCUUCAGCAAUCCUGAUGGCACCGUCUCUCUCAUCCAGGUGGGCACGGGAGCAACAGUGGCCACCUUGGCAGAUGCCUCUGAACUGCCUACCACAGUUACGGUCGCACAAGUCAACUACUCCGCAGUCACCGACGGAGAGGUGGAACAGAACUGGGCAACGCUACAGGGGGGUGAGAUGACCAUUCAAACAACACAGGCCUCAGAAGCCACGCAGGCAGUGGCAUCGCUGGCAGAAGCUGCAGUGGCAGCAUCCCAAGAGAUGCAGCAAGGCGCAACGGUCACCAUGGCGCUCAACAGCGAAGCAGCCGCCCAUGCUGUGGCCACCCUCGCAGAAGCCACCCUGCAAGGCGGAGGGCAGAUUGUCCUGUCUGGGGAAACGGCAGCGGCUGUCGGCGCGCUCACCGGCGUUCAGGAUGCAAAUGCAGCAAGGUUCCAGUCUGAUGGAAGGGGGAGCAGGAAAUAUUUCGGGGGCGGGGAGUGGCCACUCCCCCUUGGAGUCAUCCCUUCUUGCCUCGUCCAGAUCCCCGUCAGCAUGUACCAGACGGUGGUCACCAGCCUUGCACAGGGGAAUGGCCCCGUCCAGGUUGCCAUGGCACCCGUGUCCGCCAGGAUAACGGACAGCACUGUCACCAUGGACGGCCAGGCCGUGGAAGUGGUGACGCUGGAGCAGUGACGGCCCAGCGGUGGGACCAAGCUGCUGCUGCCGCUUCCUCCUUUCUUGCGCAAAUAGUUUUUCUACACCUCUCCAGAGAUGCCAUCAGGUGGCAUUUGAGUCUCGCAGCUUUGGAAGCAAAGGUUUUGUUAACAAAAAUGGAAAAAACGGGAAACGGAGCAAAGCAAAACGGUGCAUGUUGGAGUGCGGUUUUCUAGCGCCGUUCCACUCUCACGGGAGCAAGCAGGCCCAGGCAAACCGAGCCCUUCCCUCCCCACUGCAUGGACCAUCUUUGAUGACAGCCAGGGUGAGGCGUGCAAAGGUGGGCUGCCCUCCUGCCUUGGGGGUCUGUGGUGGGGCUCCCCGCAGACUUCUGUUGCCCCCUUCCUGCAGAGGCUCCAAAAGCCACAUUGCUCUGCCGUCCUUGCAUUGAGAAUUAGGUGUCAUUUUAACAUGGACAUAAAUUUAAAGAGAGAGGUUUGAAGACCGUCUGGAAAAGAGACACCCCCCUUCCCCUGUUCCCCUUGAGGAGGCAUUAGAGUAAGGCUCUCCAGAGGAGACAGCAAGGGCUGCUUCCCAUUGAUGCUGGAUCCCCGUAAGAAAGGGAGGGGCCUUCCUCCGGGGCAGGGGUGUGUGUGUUGGUGACCUGAUGGAGCAGAUCCCCCCCUCACCCUCCUUUUUUAAAAGUCCAUGCUUGGAAACCCGACUCCUUUCCUUUCCCUACGGAACCGUUUUGGUUUGCAUUUUAAGAACCUCCUUCCUUCCCGGGACAAGUUCAGAAAGGCAAAAGGAACGAAGCCACAAGAGAGGGGUGCGGGGUGUUGCAAAGGGACACCACUAGCUUCUUCCCACUCUUCCUCUUUUCCUCUUUGACCACAUGGCUCGAAAGGUUGGCCUGGGCCAUCUGCGGCUGUGGAGGCAGUUCAGGAUGGCUGGCCAGCCUCCCCCCGCUCUGCCUUGCCCUUCCUCUCCUCCUUGGCUCAUGAACUUCCCAGGGUUUCCAGCUCCACAUGAAGCACACACACUCUCUCCCCUCUGCCCAGAUGGUCUCUGGCCCCCCUGCCCAAAGCCCUGCCUCUCCCAUGGCCCAGCAAGACGGGCCGCCUUCCCUCCCCGCGGCCCCUGCGCCUCUCUCUGCCGCUCAGGGCGACUGCCAGCAGCCCAGGCCCCGAUGUCCGCUGCGGCACACAUGCCGACAGGCACCAAGGUCCGAGGAUGUGGCAGUCCCUGUGCACAGCCGGCAAACAGGACAGACGAUGGCCGCUGGAGUGGUGGGCCAGAGCAGGGCUCCCUCAAACAGGGAUGCCCAGCUGGUGUGGACUACAACUCCCAGCAUCCCUGGCGGCAAUGACUUUUGCUUGGGGGCUAUGGGAGUUGUAGUCAACAACGUCUGGGAAUCCCUGAUGGAGGGGACGCUGGGUCAGAGGAUGGGCUGCCCACUCUCACCGCUUAAUAGAGUCGCCCUUCCCGAGAGCCUUUUCAGGGCCCGCUUUAUUUACAUCCCAGAGAGGCCAGAAUGUUUGGCUGCCCCCACAAAAAGCAAAAUGCUGCCACUCUCCCUCCUUUCCCAUUGCCACCCCCACCUCACCCCUCUUGUUGGCAUCUGGAAUUGCAUACAGUAUUUAAUUUGAAUUUUAUUUUUACGUGGCCAUUUAUCAAGCUUCUCCGCAUCUGUCUCAGCUUCAAGGCACCUCACCCUACCCUGAUUCUUGUAUUUGCGUGAGGCUUUUGUUAACAGGAUCUCUCUACAGCCCUUUGGUUUCCCACCCGCUCCCACACACACACGCUUUUCUUUCUGGACUUAAAUUGAAGGGAGGGCACCCUUCCUUCCCAUAGAAACAAACCCAGGUCUCCACUUUAAUUUUUUAAUUUUUUAAAAAAUAUAUUAUUAUUAUUAUUUUGUAUUGUCGUUGUGAAGAUGUCGGGUGUGACUUUAAACUCAGUGUUCUUUUUUCUCCUUUUUUUUUUUUUUUUUGCAAUGGAAUAACGUUCUGAUAGACUGAGAAAUUAUUUCCCUGAGACCCAAAGAAAAAUCAACCUUUUUUCCACUCCCCCCCACCCCACCCUCCAGUCCUUUAGCAGAGCAUGGAAAUAUCUGUUGUUCCCCCCGAUUCUGUCUGUUGCCUCAUUCAAUAAAUUGUUACAGAUGUGUCCAUAA